AUGUGUAUUUGUCCCACAGAUUGGAUACCAUCACAAAAUCUUCAAGUUUCUUCGCAAAAACGACCUAAGCGGUCUGGGGUUCGCAUACACAACCUCGCAAGAAGGAAGCAACGCAAAGAGAAGAUUGACAAGGAUAUGAAGCUUCAGAACUUGAAGCUUUACAUGGAGAAUAUAAGUAUAAUAGAAGAAAAUGAAAAGUUGAGGAAAAAGGCUACUCUUCUGCAUCAAGAAAAUCUUGCCUUAAUGUCUGAGUUUCAAAACAGAUUUUCUAAGCAUGAUCUUUUUAAUAAGGAUGAGUCGAAGAACACCAUGCAUUGA